CAAAAAAUAUCAUUCAACUCAGGGGCCGAUGACAAUACAAGAGCCAAGAUGGCGAACCCCACUAUCAGAUGCCUUCCUUGAUGCCGGAGUCGAAAUCGGUGGAAAUAUUAAUGAUUAUAAUGGUAAAACACAGAUUGGGUAUUCCAUUAUUCAAUUUACUAUGAAGAAUGGAACUAGAAUGAGUGUCAGUCGAGCUUUCUUACAUCCUAUAAAAAAACGACGUAAUUUUAAUAUCAUUAAGAAUGCUUUAGUGACCAAAGUUCUCAUAGAUCACAAAAAAAAACGCGCUUAUGGCGUACAAUUUGAAAAAGAUGGUAAACAAAUUGUAGUAAGAGCAAAACGAGAAGUGAUUUUAUCCGCCGGAUCUGUGAACUCUCCACAGUUAUUGAUGCUGAGCGGAAUAGGACCAAGGGAUGAUCUCAUGAAAAUAAAUAUUACGACAGUCUCAGACUUACCGGUAGGAUACAAUUUGCAAGAUCACUAUGCGUUGGGUGGUCUAACUUUCAUAAUCAAUACAACAGACUCUCUUAGAUUUGAAAGAAUUGCAACCUUGAAUAACAUCAUUGAAUACUUUUGUCAUCACACCGGUCCUCUAACAGUUCCGACCGGUGCGGAAGCACUUGCUUUCAUUGAUACCAAAAAUCCAAAUAAUAGAAAUGGUUAUCCUGAUUUAGAACUAUUGUUCGUGGGCGGUUCAAUUGUUUCCCAAAAUGCUUACCGGUACGCAUUUGACAUCGAUGACAUUUUGUAUGACACAGUUUAUAGACCAAUUGCCAAUAGUGAUACCUGGAUGGUAUUUCCAAUGCUGUUACUCCCUAAAUCGAGAGGCUACAUAAAACUAAGGAGUAAUAAACCACACGACAAACCAAUUAUCAAUCCAAACUAUUUUACUGACGGAGGACACGACGAUCAUGUUAUAUUGUAUGGUAUAAGGAAAGUAUUACAGUUAUCACAAACAAAAGCUUUUCAAAAAUAUGGGAGUAAACUUCACGAUAUUCCUAUUCCUAAUUGCGCUCAACACAAAUUCGAUUCAGAUAGUUAUUGGUUAUGCGCUAUGAGGGCACUAACGAAUACUAUAUACCAUCCUUGCUGCACAGCAAAAAUGGGACCAAGUAAUGACCCUGAAGCAGUCGUCGAUUCACGUUUGAAAGUCCACGGUAUGGAAGGUCUAAGGGUUGUGGAUGCUAGUAUAAUGCCAAAUAUUCCUGCGGCCCACACAAAUGCACCCACAAUGAUGAUCGCUGAAAAGGCCGCCGACAUGAUAAAAGAAGACUGGGGUAUACCCAUACCAAUAUCAAACUGAUCAAAUACUAUGAUUUGUUUAAGCAUAUUUUAUAUAAUUGUAUUAUCAUUCUUAA